AGAAUAUUUCUGACAAUGAGUGUAUUAUUCGAGUAUAUUCAAUUUUUUUUUCUGUUUCAGUGUUUAGCUCAGUGUCACGUGGUGCUAGGCCUGAUAAUCUUUAUAUUGGCGGCACUCGCAGAUUACGUGAGUUCACGGAUUAACACAAUACGAUUGGUCGGGCUUGAGGAAUGCUGCUCGUUCUAUUUUAUCAUGACUGGGAUUAUCGGGAUCUGUGGUGCGGCCAGUCAUCGACGUGGUCUCAUAAUAGCGUUUAUGAUAAUGGGUUUGCACGCUGUCAUUAUUUUCGUUCCUGCGAUCGUGAUCGUCUCAAGUUUUGAUAUACACUUCUACCAGGCUGAAUGUUUUGGUCAAUGCGACUGGCAUCUACUGGCCACAAGUUUACCGAAAAACAGCCGUUGUCAGAUCCUGUGCGGUGAAAAUAUUGACGAUAAUAAAAGGAGCACGAUGACGAGACUGGGAACGGAAUAUCGAUUAGAUGCGGGCAUAAUUGCAGCGAGUAUCAUCGAAAUGAUACUGGCGAUCAUAUCGACAACACUGUGCUCUCGCGAUAUUUGCUCAGUUUGUCGCAAGCUGACAAAAUCUGAUGAGGUGCGAUUUCAGUUAUUCAUUCCCACAUUACAAUUUCAGAGUGUGAAACUAUAA